GUUGUUUAACAAUAUAACUUCAGUUAUGAAACUGUUAGUGGCAGUUGCGCUGUUAGCCGUGGCUGCGGCCGCGCCUGACCUUCGACAGGAGCAAGGCAGGGAAGAGGUGCAGGUUGCCACCGCCUUCAACUCGGUGGGUGUCCCUGAUGCGGCGCCAGUUGAGAGCGCCCCGGUGGCCGCGGCCGCAGAGUCUGUAGCCGUCGUCGACGGCGACUUGAACCGACCAGAACCAAUCCGCAUCGCUGAACCCUCCCUCAAAUCUGACGAUGGUAUGACCGUCAAAGUUGUCUCUCUCCCAAAUCUCAACGAACAAGCCGACUUUGUAAAAAUACAGGUUCCGGACUUCAUGCUGCCAGACAUCAGCCCCAUGAUCAUUUCCCCCGAAGUGAUGAGACAAGUAGCAGAGAUGGCUGCUCAUGACUCAGCCGCCGUCAACAUCGGUGAAGCCAACCCGUUCGCGUUCAACAACGCGGAGCCCCUAGAAACUAUCGAACCAGUGAAGGUAGUGGACAGCCCUGUCAACGAACUGACCGCUCAGAUGGAACCCGUCAUGGUCGUGGAGACUUCCGCCAAUGAUGAGCCAGGCUCCUUCGAUAUCUCGCCGCAACCCCUCCAGCUUGCCAUUCCUGAAGAACUUAAGCAAUACUUAGAGAACCCUAAAGGUCAGAUUCCCGCUGGGUUCAAGCCGAUUCCUGUGGAAUAUCUGAGAGAUGCACCUCAGUUGUCUGGCUACCGUCCGCCGCGUCGGGAUCCUUACCUGAGAAGCAGUGGCGUGUUCGACCAAGAAAUGCGACCGAACUCAGAGGAAAUGCUAAGAGGACCAAUCCCUCAUCAGUUUGGAGACAUGCCCAGAGAACCUCAUUUCCAAGGGCCAUUGGAUCCGCAGUUCCAUAACUAUCCAUUCAGAAUGCAUAACAACCCCAUGUUACGUUAAGUCUAAGUGUGUCAUAAAAUAGAGCUGUAAAUAGAAA